AUGCCGACCCUUAUUCCUCAUUUACUGUAUAAGGUACGAGUAGUCGGGGAUGUCUCUUACAUGUCUCUGCUGAGUAAGCAGAGCCAAAAUCUUUCAACCUUCUCCCACAGUUCGCCCAUUCAUACAAGCACUACACACAACAAAAUGCUCAGAACCAUUCGAUCGGUCCGAUCUUACUCCACAGAGGCUUCGGCUGGCGCCGCCGCUAAACGAGUGAUGGGACGAGGAAUGCAGCAGCAGAAGGGCCAGCAGAAGGGCCAGCAGGGCCAGCGAACCCGCCCUAGCUUCAUGCUCAACACCAAGUUCACCAAGGGUCGAAAGGAUCAGGCUCAGUCCGACAACUAUCCCAAGAUCAACAACACUCUGGUUCCUAAGUUUGCUCUAGGUCAGAUCUACACCCCCUUCAAUAUGACCGUGAAGGCUGCCACCCAGAGCAAGACUGAGGGUGCCCAGAAGGUGGAUCAGUUCAAGGAGGCCAACUUCGAUCCCGUCAAGCUGUGGAAGGAUCGAAUGUCUCUGUCGCACUACGUUAACUAUUCUGGUGGUAUUUCCGGAAGUCACACUCACCACCUGAGCAAGCAGUCUCACAAGAAGAUUUCCAAGGCCAUUCGACGAUCUCGAUGUGCCGGCAUCAUGCCCUACCUUCACAAGGCUCCCGAGACCCUCAAGGGUCGAGGUGGCAUGUAA